GUCAGCCACGUUGGAAGUGCCAACUCGCUGUUUUUAUGUUGUUCUAGUGUGAUUGGUCCUCGAAAAUGAAGAUUAAGGAGUUGAAGCGGACGGUCAACACCAGCUGGUCGCCAGCGGGGCACUAUCCUUCUAUGAUAGUUACCGGCUCCGCGGCGCAGCAAGUUGACGCUAAUUUCAGCUCUAAUUCUUACUUAGAGCUGUAUGCUUUAAAUUUGGGUGACUCUAGCCCCGAUUUAGAGCUUAAAUCUAGCAUUCAGACACAACACAAAUUUCAAAAGCUAGUGUGGUCAGGUUCUGGUGUAAUAGUUGGAGGCUGUGAUGGUGGCUUGCUAGAAUUCUACAGUGCAGACAACUUGCUGAACAAGGAAAAUGAGCCCCUUGUUGGAAGCACCUCUAAACAUAAUGGCAACGUAUCAGCCCUCGAUAUUAACCCAUACCAGAAGAAUCUCCUAGCAUCUGGUGCGUCGGACAGUGAGAUCUUCAUCUGGGAUCUCAACAACACAAGUCAGCCAAUGGCGCCCGGCAACAGGAGCCAGCCUUACGACCACGUGCAAGGCUUAGCCUGGAACCAACAGGUACAACACAUACUGGGAUCCACAUUUGCCACAAGAUGUUUGGUUUGGGAUUUACGGAAGAAUGAACCUAUCAUGAAACUAAGUGACUCCCAGUUCCGCACUCGCUGGCGAUCUCUGGCGUGGCACCCCGCAGUGGCCACACAGCUGUGCAUAGCUUCCGAGGACGACCAGGCACCCGUCAUACAGCUUUGGGACUUAAGGCUGGCAGCAUCCCCACUAGUGACGCUGGAAGGUCACGAGAAGGGCGCUCUGUCGCUGUCGUGGAGCCGCCACGACCACGACUUGCUACUGUCCGGUGGCAAGGACGGACGGAUUCUGGCCUGGAAUCCAAACAAUACUAAACCGGGUGGGGAGUUGACGGUGGAAGUGAGUCGGCAAUCCGCGUGGGUGUUCGACGUGAGCUGGUCCCCGCGCGAGCCGGGCCUGCUGUCGGCGGCGGCCUUCGACCAGUCCCUGGCCGUGCACACGUUGCUGCACACUGGCACGCAGCACAACAUGAGCGCUAGCAGCCAAAGCAACAUAAUGGAGUCUUUUGGAGGCGCGGACUCGUUCGCCGCGCUGCCCGUGGUGCAGCAGAGUGCACCGCCGCCGAGCGCGGCCGCGCAGCCGACGCGCGCCCCGCGGUGGCUCAGACGCCCUUCCGGGGCUAAGUUUGCUUUCGGUGGAAAACUAGUGACGUUUGAAAGAUGUCCGCAAGAAGAAGGUCCCCAAAAACUGGUCUACAUCAGUCAGGUAGUGAGCGAACCGGAGAUCGUAGAGAAGGCUUGCGAAAUGGACGCCGUGAUCGCGCUCACACUGAGCCAGGAGCCCGGCGCCGCUGAAAAAUUAGCAGAAUACUGCCGAGAGAAAGGCGACGCGGCGACGGAUCAGCACGAGCGCUACACGUGGUUCUUCCUGCGGGCGAACUUCAUGUCUUCUUUCAGGAGCGAAGUUCUUAAUCUUCUUGGUUUUAAACAAGACGAGAUCCCUUCAAAGUUCAAGAGUCAGGUCGGCGCAGAGGCUCGUGCCCCCGACAUCGCCGCGCUUAGCAGAGGCGAAAGUACGGAGACUGAAGCCGAGCUAUCAACUGACACAAGCACUGAUCUGUCGGAUGCACAGACGUUGAUCGAAAGAAAGCUAGCAAGUGUAGAUCUAGAACCAACCGUCGCGAAUGUUGUUAUUCCUAAUGGAGAAGAUACAACCAGUAUGAUAUGUCGCGCUCUCGUUUGCGGAAACCUCGAGGAAGCUGUGGAACUCUGCUUGGAGGCGAAGAGAAUUGCCGACGCGCUCAUCAUUGCUUCCUUAGGCAGUCAAGAGCUACUCUACAAAGUACAGAAGUACCACCUCAACAAGACUGCUUCUGAUCCGGUAUCGCUGGUCUCCGGGAGUCUGCUGAGGUCGAAAUGGGACACGCUGAUCCAGGCGGCCUCUCCGAACAGUUGGCGGGAAACGCUAGCCGCGUUAGUCACGCAUUGCGAGGAAGAAAGCCUUGCACAUUAUUGCGAGCUGCUGGGCGGGCGGCUGUCGCAGGAGGCGGAGGCGGCGCUGCGCGAGGCGGGCGCGCUGUGCUACGCGUGCGCGGCGCGCGGGGACGCGCUGGCGGCGCGGGCGCGGCGGCGCGCGGCGCGGGACGUGGGCGCGCUGGCGCGGGCCGCCGAGCUGGCGCUGCUGGCCCGCGCCGCCGCCGCCGCGCGCGCGCGCCCCGUGCAGGCGGGCGGGGCGCUGGAGGCGCUGCUGGGCGAGUACGGCGCGCGGCUGGCGGCGCAGGGCUGCCUGCGGAGCGCGCUGGCGGCGCUGCACGGCGCCGGCACGGAGCUCGGCCAGCGGCUCGAGGUGGCGCUGGGCAUGCGGCCGCGGCACUCGGCGCAGCAACAGCCGCAACAAGCGCAGCACGCGGCCGCGCGGUCGCGCACCGUGAGCGGCCAGUCGCAGCGCGGACACUUCCCGGCGCACAACGACGUCGCCAACGCGUACAAUGCUGCUCCAGCACCGGAAGUAGCCAGUUGGGCCGCCAGCGCCGCGCCGCCGCGGCCUUCCAGCGCCACUCCUCAGCCCGGAAGCAAAUCUGGCCGAUCGAAAUACAAAGUGGACCCAUCAGUACAAUCGGUGCCUCAAUACAACCAAUACGGUUUUAACAACCCCAUACAAUCGCAACCUACCUACGGCUACAACAGUCCCCUGCCUGACCAGUACAGCCAGUCUAGCGUGCCUAAUAACAACUUCGCUCCGAUCAACCCCAUUAACCCGUUAAAUCAAGUUAAUCAAGUAAAUCCAAUCAACCCGUUGAAUCAAAUGAACUCGUUAAAUCAAAUGAGUCCGUUAAAUCAAAUGAAUCCGUUAAAUCAAAUGAACCCGUUAAAUACGAUGAGCCCGAUAAAUCCGGCAUCGUUUCAACCGAUAAACCCGACAAAUCCAAUGAAUCCUUCGGCGGUUAACGGCGGGUACUAUAGCAACCAGCCCGUCGAGCCAACGGUUGCGGCGUUGCCUUCCAAGCCGGUGCCGCCGGGUUGGAACGAUCCGCCGAUGAUGACUUCUAAAAAUAAGCAAUUCAGUCACGAAGACAUGUCGGCCCUGCACGCGGGCACGCGGCAAUGGAGCUACAUUAUAGCGCAUAGGCGUCAUUCCGAGCCCAAACAGGAAGCUCCGCAGCCGCAGGCGCCGAUCACGCACCCGCUGUUCGGCGUGGAGCCGCCGCAGCACAUCCGCCUGGGCGCGGCGCCGCACCAGCCCUACUCGGAGCCGGCGGGCCAGUACCCCGCGGAACUGUACCCGGGUCAGCAGUCUCAGUUCCCGGGCCAGCAGGCGCAAUACCCGGGACAACAGGCGCAGUACCCUGGUCAACAGGAGCAGUACGCUGGCCAACAGGCUUUACCUGGACAGAUGUACCAGGGUCAGUACGAUCAGCAAUAUCAGCAGUACCCAACUGGAGUGCAACCCGGGUUUCCUCAACAGGUGGAGCGGCCGGCCGCAGCGGCGCCCGCGCACAAGGAGCGCCUCCCGGAGCCGCACGCCGCGCUGCAGGCCGCGCUCGACGAGCUGCGCAGCGCGUGCUCCGAGCGCGCGCCCAGCCCGCAAAUGAAGAGAAAACUUGAAGAUGUCCAAAGGAGGCUGGAAACGCUUUACGACAUGCUUAGAGAAAACAGGCUGUCGGAGGCGGCGCAGGCGGCGCUGCACGCGUGCGCGCGGCUGGUGCGCGCGGGCGAGCACGGCGCCGCGCUGGACGCGCUGGCGGCGCUGGCCUCGGGGCCCGACUUCUCCGCCGCCGCCGCCUUCCUGCCGGGGCUCAAGAUGCUCUUCCUGCUGGCCCAGCAGCUGCAGGUGUCCGCGCGCUGAAGGGGCGCCCGCCGGGGAGGCAUAAGGGAUGUGUAAGGAGUACAUAGUGAAACAACUCGUUUGUAUACUCAUUGAGAGUAGCGGCAUGCGAGCAAAAGUUGCGGGCGGACUCCGCACUGAUUCGUUGCACUCACUGUUUACUCAUUACAUAUUAAUUAUGCCAUCACUAUGGAUGGUAGACGUGGAUGAUUGCUAGAACGAAAUAGUUGAUUCAGUUUCUACUAAACUUAAUUAUUUAUUCAUCUAUACUAAUGUUAGGAAUGAGAAGUGUGUCUUUUUGUUGGUUACCUUUGCUCAACCAUUGCAUCGUAUCUGAUGAAAUUUGACACACAAAUUGCUCGCAUCCUGACGACGGACGCAUCCUAUGUCCAUUUCCAGGAUGCGAGUAUUAAUCCUGCAUUCAAAUAGUUAAAAAAACAACCAAACUUUAAGGAAAACAAGAAUUUUAAUAAUAAUAACCAUCAUUUAUGUUUAUCCUGCCCUAAAGUGUUGCCUACCCUGAUGUUUUGUUACAUAAUGCCUACUCUGUUCAACACCAUGUGCCCGACUGAGAAGGGUAUACUUACUGAGGCGACGGUUAGGUCAAUUCACUUGUAAUACAUUGUUCAGUUAAUCAAAGUCGAAUAAUAUUUUUUUAAUACGUUUCUGCAUUACCGCUUCGGGAACUAAAAAUAUUUUUAACCUCCCUUAAGGUGAUAGUUUGGAAUGUAAAAUCUGUAUGAAGUCGUACUAAAAUUUCUCUAAUAAAACACACACACACACAUAUAAUAAAAAUUGCAGCUUAUCUUACCCGUAGAGCAUAACUAAGUAACUGCCCUGAUACUGAUGUGUAUGUAAUGUAAGAAGCGUCAUUAAAAUCGGUCCAUCCAUUAGAGCUGUAGGAUAAAACAUAUACAUACAAAAUAUAAUGUAGGAAAUGUCAUUAAAAUCGGUCGACCUACUUGACCACUGACUGUUAGCGUCGAUGGCUAAAAUUUGUCACGUUAAUUUGAAACAGCUGUUUUGUGUCUGUGUAUAAUAAUUAGUAUAUUACUACUAUUUUCCAUGAACCUCAUGUGUACUAUUAAAAAUAUACAAUGAAUGUAUCAUAAUAAUAUAUCUACUUAAUAUAAUAUAAUUAAUAAAUAUUAGUAAUGUAAUUUAGUUUUGUUAUGAAUGACGAUGUUUUAAUGAAAGAUUGAUUUCUUAUUAUAAAAGUACAUAAAUUAAAAUGCAAAACAAAUCGUAAUAAAUCUACCGCGUAUCUGUUAAAUAAAUAUCGAUAUUGAGUCAGAAUUAUUUGAAACCAUACUGCGUAAGUAUUUUGUGCACAAUCAAUCUACCAGGAUACCAUAUAAUCCAAACAACAAAAAUAAUUUAAACUGUUUAUUUUUUUGUUAUGUCUGACACAUGUUUUAAGACUCAUUUUCAUUUCUAAAUAACGCUACUAUAUGGGUGGUAGAUCUGAGAAAUUUUAUUAAUCGAUAACUUGGUCGAUGUUUAGCAUACGGGGAAUCCCCCAGUCCCGCCUGCGGGAUAUCGUAUGCUGAAUAAGCAUAUUCAUAGGAUAUCUGUACAAAAUUUUUAUAACAUUUACUAUGAAAAUAGCAAUUACAUUUAUUCAGAUUUUUAACAAUUGAGUCAUUGGCUGAAUACAAAGCGAGUUAUACCUAUAGUUUCUGUUAAGUUAUGAAUUGCGUUUGAAUAUGGCAUUACAUUUCAAAAUGACAUAAUCAAUGGAGAUUUUAUAUUAGAUACUGUUUUACUUAUUUAAAUUUACGUUAGUCAGACAAAUCUAAGAACUUGAAACCUUGAAACCCUAUAUUUUUUUUUUAUCAGAUAUUUAAAUUAUUACCACUGUUGUAAGCAAACAUUCAAUGUCCCGAAGGAAAUUCGAAUCGAUCAAUUAUAUAUACAUAUGUAUAUCAUUAAUAUAUAUAUAUUUUAUGAUUAAUUUAUAGUGUAUACGCGCAUGUUUGUAAUAGAUCUAAUAACAUUAUGUUGGCUAAUGUAUACUUAAGUUAUACUUAUUUAUACUAAAGAACUAUUAUGAAAUAUAUUUUAAAAACAGUAAAA